UUAGUCUUUAAAAACAUUGGCGCGUGAAUGUGAACGAAGAGUGUGAGGGUGAAGUUGACGCGACUUGAAUCCGCGAGACGCAACGUAAACGAAGAAGAAGGGUUUUAGCCAAACCUCACUAUUACCUUCCCGCGCUGAGUGAGGGUUUAAGCUCACUCACUUACUCACUGAGUCACCUCAAAUUCUUAAUUUCCAAUGGAAGAAGAAAUGGCGAUGGACUCUUCUCCGAAUCCCGGUGAUAGUUUCUUCGACCCUCAGAAUCUCUCUUCGCGACAGCAGUUCCGCAGAUAUGGGAAGAGGCACUCAACUUCAGGUGCUUCAAUCCAACUGGACAACUCGGCUUCCAAGUUGAGUGAAACUGGGUUGUUAUAUGAUGGCCAAAGCAUCCAUAGUCCUACUAAUGCAGCACUUGUUCUUGAAAAUAUUAAACAAGAGGUUGAGAGUUAUGAUGCUGAUUACUUGGAAGAGAAGACACCAUAUUCCACUAGGAGGAGGUUGUCCACUGACGUUCCUGGUGUUCCUGGUGUGGAUGCUGGUUUUGAUUCUGUUCGCUACUCAUUAAAGGCUUGUAAGACAGAGGGUGACACAUUGGGAGAUGGUGUGGACACAAUAUUUACUUUGUUUGCAUCUCUGCUUGAUUCUUCAUUACAAGGACUGAUGCCUAUUGCUGAUUUGAUACUAAGAGUCGAGAAUGCAUGUCGAAAUGUUUCAGAGUCUAUAAGGUAUGGUUUGAAUGUAAGGCAUCGUGUUGUUGAAGACAAGUUGAUGAGGCAGAAGGCUCAACUUUUGCUUGAUGAGGCGGCAACAUGGUCUCUCUUGUGGUUCCUCUAUGGGAAAGUGACUGAAGAACUAUCUAAAGAUCAAAUACUGGUGUCGGGAACCUCACAUGUGGUGGCUUGUGAGUUUGUUGUGGAGGAUCAUACAGCUCAAUUAUGCCUUCGGAUAGUCCAGUGGUUAGAAGGUUUAGCUUCUAAAGCACUUGACUUGGAAGCGAAGGUGCGUGGAUCUCAUGUGGGUAGUUAUCUCCCUAACUGUGGAGUUUGGCAUCAUACUCAGCGUUACCUGAAGAAAAGAACUCUUGACAUGAAUGUUGUUCAUCACUUGGACUUUGAUGCCCCAACUCGUGAAAAUGCUAAUCUUUUACCUGAUGACAAGAAACAAGAUGAAUCUCUUCUAGAAGAUGUGUGGACUCUUUUAAGGGCUGGAAGGCUAGAAGAGGCUUGUGGACUUUGCCGGUCUGCUGGACAGCCAUGGAGAGCUUCUUCUCUUUACCCAUUUGGAGGAUUGAACCAGUUUCCUUCUGUUGAAGUUCUGGUCAAGAAUGGUAAAAAUAGAACUUUGCAAGCUGUUGAGUUUGAAAGUGGUAUUGGUCAUCAGUGGCAUCUUUGGAAAUGGGCUUCAUAUUGUGCAUCAGAGAAAAUAGCAGAGCAAGGGGGGAAAUGUGAAGCAGCUGUAUAUGCAGCCCAGUGUAGCAACCUUAAACGGAUGCUUCCACUCUGCAAUGACUGGGAGUCAGCAUGCUGGGCAAUGGCAAAGUCUUGGCUAGAUGUGCAAGUGGACUUGGAAAUCACUCGCUCACAGCCAGGGGGAGUUGAUCAACUUAGAACAUUUGGAGAUGUAAUUGAUGGAAGCCCUGGACGUGCCGAUGGUUCUUUUGAGCCUUCUAAUGGACCUGAAAAUUGGCCAAUUCAAGUUUUGAAUCAACAACCUCGACAGCUCUCAUCUCUUCUUCAAAAACUUCAUUCUGGGGAAAUGAUCCAUGAGUCUGUUACUAGACAAUGCAAGGAGCAACAACGUCAAAUUCAGAUGACUUUAAUGCUAGGGGACAUACCACGCGUACUAGACCUUAUAUGGUCAUGGAUAGCUCCUACUGAAGAUAAUCAGAAUGUAUUUAGGCCGUGUGGAGAUCCUCAAAUGAUACGAUUUGGUGCACAUCUGGUCCUUGUGCUUCGAUAUUUAUUAGCCGAGGAAAUGAAGGACACCUUCAAGGACAAAAUUCUAAGUGUUGGCGAUAAUAUUUUGCAUUUGAAAACAUUGUUGAGUGAAAAUUUGCUUUGCUAUAUUCAUUUAUUGGAAUGGAAAAACAUUAGGUAUGCCCUAUUUCUCUUUUCAAAGGAGCAUGAAGAGUUGGUGGGCAUAUAUGCUUCUCAGCUUGCAUGUCACCGUUGCAUUGAUCUCUUUGUACACAUGAUGGAGCUUAGGCUGCACAGCAGUGUACAUGUCAAAUACAAGAUAUUCCUUUCUGCUAUGGAAUAUUUACCAUUUUCUUCUCUGGAUGAUUCCAAGGGAAAUUUUGAAGACAUUAUUGAGAGAAUUUUGUUGAGAUCCCGAGAGAUCAAGGUUGGCAAAUACGAUAACCUGUCAGAUGUUGCAGAACAACACAGACUGCAGAGUCUUCAGAAAGCUAAAGUUAUCCAAUGGCUUUGCUUUACACCACCAUCAACAAUUACAAAUGUCAAAGAUGUCAGUAAAAAGCUUCUUCUUCGAGCACUGGUUCAUAGCAACAUACUCUUCAGGGAGUUUGCUUUGAUUUCUAUGUGGAGAGUGCCAGCAAUGCCGAUAGGUGCCCACACAGUACUUGGCUUUCUUGCUGAACCUUUAAAACAGCUUGCUGAAACUCUUGAGACCUCUGAGGAUUAUAAUGUUUUUGAGGACCUGAGGGAGUUCCAAGACUGGCGUGAGUAUUACUCUUGUGAUGCAACCUAUCGGAAUUGGCUUAAAAUUGAAGUGGAGAAUGCAGAGGUUCCUGUCACUGAACUAUCAUUGGAGGAAAAGGAAAGGUCCAUUUCAGCUGCCAAGGAAACACUGAAUGCAUCCCUUUCACUCCUACAAAGAAAAGAAACACCUUGGUUGGUUUCAACUGAUCGUAUGUAUGAAUCAGUUGAACCAGUUUUCCUUGAACUUCAUGCAACAGCAAUGCUCUGCCUGCCAUCUGGAGAGUGUUUGUGUCCAGAUGCUACUGUUUGUACUACACUUACGAGUGCUCUCUAUUCUUCAGCUGGUGAUGAGGUCGUCUUAAAUCGACAAUUAAUGGUUAAUGUUUCUAUAUCUUCAAGGGACAGUUAUUGUGUUGAUGUUGUUCUUCGCUGCAUAGCUAUUGCUGGUGAUGGACUUGAACCACAUGAGCUCAAUGAUGGUGGUAUUCUUGGCACCAUCCUGGCUUCUGGUUUCAAAGGUGAGCUUCCUCGGUUUCAAGCUGGAGUUACAAUGGAGAUAUCCCGUUUGGAUGCUUGGUAUUCUGACAAAGAUGGCAACUUAGAGUGUCCGGCAACCUACAUAGUGAAAGGACUUUGUCGGAGGUGCUGCCUUCCAGAAGUCAUUCUUCGUUGCAUGCAAGUCUCUGUUUCUCUAAUGGGGUCCGGAGUCCUGCCUGACUGUCAUGAUACUUUGAUAGAGCUGGUUGGCAGUCCGGAAACUGACUUUCUUCACUUGUUUAGUCAACAACAAUUACAGGAGUUUUUAUUGUUCGAGAGGGAAUACUCAAUCUGCAAAAUGGAAAUUACAGAGGAAUGAUUACUGCCCCCUUGAGCUGAGCUUUGUUCGGUGCUUUUUCUGGAAACGCUUACACUUUCUUUUUUAUGUAGUUAUUAAUUUGCUUUCGGAAGAAAGAGCGAGGAUGAAAGUGUCUGGUGCUGAUUGCACAGAGUGGCCGAACUCGAACCUGCUGCUAUUUAAUGCCUUCGCUGUUACCAUUAUUCAAUAUCUCAGGUUCGAGACUCGGGGUAUUCCCCGAAAUGCAAAAUUGUUGAAUAAAGUGUAUCUGGAAUUUUGCUUUUAGCCCAGUUCUUAAAUUGUUAAAAAAGAUCUACUUGUAUAUAUAAUUUGUAUUAUUUAAAUCAGGCUUUUUCUUUUAUAUAUAUAAAUCAUCAUUGUUCUCCUUUC